AUGGAGCCCCAUGAGGAGAAACCCAUCAUCUACACGAUGGAGAACAAACCCAUAGUGACCUCUCUGUACGGAUCACUGACCCAGCAGCUGCCCAGAGAGCCCAUGGAGUGGAGGAGGACUUACGGACGAGCACCAAAGAUGAUCUAUCUGGAGGCUAAUUUUGUCCAGUUUAAGGAGGAACUGCUUCCUAAAGAGGGAAAUAAAGCGCUGCUGACGUUCCCCUUCCUGCACGUCUACUGGACCGACUGCUGCGACUCGGAGGUGUACAAGGCGUCGGUGAAGGAGGACAUGCAGCGCUGGCAGGCUGCUCUGCGUCUGCACGGUUCGGUGGAUUGGAUCAUCGCGGUGGUGGAGAGCGACAACAAGAAGAAGAACAAGACCAACCUCCUGCCGCGCACCUCCAUCGUCGACAAGAUCCGCAGCGACUUCUGCAACAAGCAGAGCGACAGGUGUGUGUCUCUGUGCGAGCCGCUGAAGGAGUCGUCACGCUCACAGGAGUCCUGGAGCUCGUUCCUCACUAAGCUGCGCACGCUGCUGCUCAUGUCCUUCACCAGGAAUCUGGGCCGCUUCGAGGACGACAUGAGGACGCUGCGAGAGAAGCGCACCGAGCCCGGCUGGAGCUUCUGCGACUACUUCAUGGUGCAGGAGGAGCUGGCGUUUGUGUUCGAGAUGCUGCAGCAGUUUGAAGACGCUCUGGUCCAGUAUGAUGAACUCGACGCUCUUUUCACGCAGUAUGUGCUCAACUUCGGCGCUGGAGACGGCGCUAACUGGCUGGGCUCGUUCUGUCAGCCGGUGCGCAGCUGGAACGGGCUGCUGCUGCGGCGGCCCAUCGACAUGGAGAAGCGUGACCUGAUCCAGAGAGGAGAGGCCAGUCUGCUGGACCUGCGCAGCUACCUGUUCUCCCGCCAGUGUACGCUGCUCAUCUUCCUGCAGAGACCCUGGGAGGUGACGGCCCGCGCGCUCGAGCUGCUGCACAACUGCGUGCAAGAGCUGCGGCUGCUGGAGGUGUGUGUGCGUGAGAGAGAGUUUAGGCACGUGUGUGAGGCGUGUGUGAAUAAGAAGCUGAAGGAGGCGCUAUCGUCCGUGGAGGCCUUUGAGAAACACUAUUUGGAGCUGUCUCACGCCGCUAUGGAGAUGUACAGAGCGAUCGGGCGGCUGCGCUCGGCCCGGCUGGUGGGGAAGAGUCUGGCUGAGUUCUACAUGAGGAAGGGUGACCCCCAGAGCGCUGAGAACUUCCUGCUGGAUUCUCUGAAGUCAUACGUGUCGGAGAGCUGGGGUCUGCCGCUCACACACACACGCAAACAGAUCGCAGAGUGUCAGAAACGGCUGCAGAAGAUGGACGAAUACCUGCAGACGAGCGCUCUGCUCGCCAGCGACACCAACCUGAGCGAUGACGAGAGGAGACACUUCUGCCAGGAGAUCCUGACCUUUGCCACCCAGACCGCAGAGGGCAAAGGUCAACAGAAAGAUGCUCGUGUGGCUCUGAGCAUGAGCUCCUUCACUCGGCUGCAGGAGCUGCGCUUCCGUCCGUCCUCGGCGCUGGUGCAUGUGAGCGCCGCCCUGCAGCUGGAGCUGCGUCUCUGCAGUCUGAUGCCCGUUCCUGUGACGCUGGAGCAGAUCUCCGCCAGCAUACACUUCACACAGGAGCAGCCGGGCUCCACGGCUCAGAAACGAGCCGCUCAGAAUCCAGACGGCACCGUCACCUUCCCCGCAGCCAGCCCUGCGUCUGGGUCUGCGUCUGCGCUGGAGCUCUGCGAGAUCCUGGAGCACAGUUCGUCUGAUAACGCGCUGAGCUCCGCCGGCGUGGCCUGCAGGAACAUGCACCUGCUGAUGCGUCGCCAUGACAGCAGCACGUCUCUGGACACGCCCAACACCGCGCCAGCCGUCGCUAUGGAGGAUGCAGCGCAGAUGCUGAGGGCCAGUGAUGUCACUCUGUUGCCUGGCAACAACAGCAUCGUCUUCACCGCACCAAGUCAGAAGCCGGGCACGUAUACUCUCCGGCAGCUGUGUGCGACGCUGGGCCGUGUGCAGUUCAUUCUGCCCCAUCUUUACCCUGUGGUUCAGUACGAGGUUUACUCACAGGAGCCUCAGCUCAGCAUCCAGCCGCUCACAGAGCACCUGUUGGCCGGUCUGCCGCAGCAGGUGAAGUUCACUAUCCUGACGGGUCACUAUUCGGUGAAGAAGGGCGACGCUCUUCAGCUCAGUAACACUGACUCCAUGCCUGUGCUGCACUCGUCCACAUGCAGCGCCCGCAUCCUCAGCAGCAGCGCAGAGCUGCUGGCUGAAAGCGCUCUGUCCAUCCAGUCGUCUGAGAAGGUGACGAGCAUCUCUCUUCCGGUGACGCCGCCGUAUCACACGCUGGAGUUCCUGCUGGAGGUUCUGUGUCAUAUCCCAUCAUGCCCUGCGCGGAUGGAGAGCGAGCGCCUCACUAACGGACAGAUCAGUCGCCGCAGCCGAACGCGCUUCAACAGCGGCAUGACCCUCAUCGACCAGAAGGUGUCUGUCGACUGUCCCUGGUCCAUUUACUCCACGCUGGUCUCUCUGACCUUCCACGUGCCCUUCACAAUCAAACACUCGCUGCUGUCUGCAGGACGGAGGAAGUUCAUCCAGGUUUGUCUUCGGAAUGUAUCAGACACUAACUUUCGCCUGACCAAUCAGACGCUGACUGAGAAUCAACACUCACCGUCACUGGAGCUGUGCUCUCUCAACACUAAAACACACAGCCUGGUCUUCAGGCAGCAGUGUGUGUUCAGCGUGUGGGAGCUGCGGUGGAGCGGUGUGUUGCCCGUCUCUGUGCACUGCGAGUUCUCGGCCGCUUUCGCUCCUGCAGACGCUCCGGACGCGGCACUCAAACCCUACAGAUACGACUUCACUCUGGAACGAGUUUCAACGCUGUACAGCGUGCGAGCAGAGAUCCGGCCGGCGGAGGGAGAGCAGCAGUGUUGCACCGGUUCUCUCUGCAGGCUGGAGGUGUCUCUGACGCGUCUCUCUGAAGCCAGCGACUCGGACGAGGAGUACAGCGAGACAGACGGCCUGCGCAGCAGCAGACUCCUGUAUGAAGUGAUGGACAACAGCAGUAACUGGGCGGUGUGCGGGAAGAGUUCAGGGGUCGUCUCCAUGCCGGUGGCUGCCAUGGCGACACACAAGGUUCACAUGGAGGUCAUGCCUCUGUUCGCGGGUCACCUGCUCGUCCCCAGCAUCCGUGUGUUCAAGUACCAGCCGCGCCUCACCAGCCCCGUCAUCCAGCCGGACACCGACUCGUGUCUGGAGAACGACAGUCUGUCUCUGGAGGAUCAGGCGGAGACGGCGAGUCUGCGCAGCCGAGGCAGUGUCCAGUCUCUGGGCAGCGGGGAGUCUGCGCAGCCACGGGGCCCGAUGCCCAAACGCCAGGCUUUCGGCCCCGGACAGGUGUUCAGCGGCACACAGGGCCAGCAGGUGUUAGUGCUGCCCGCCGCUGACCUUCACCUGAUGGAGGUCAACGUCACAUGACACGAAUCACUGGAGCCUGAGACUCGCCUCCAUCACACACCUCAUGAGACACGCUGGACCCGGUGUCUCUCAGACAUCCCAUAAUGCCUUGCAGCCCCUCCUCUGUGUGCUCAGGUGUGUGUGUGUGUGUGUGUGUGUGUGUGUGUGAGAGAGACACGACGAGAGCAACACCUGCUGUACAUAAUAGAUGAGAUUUAAGAGAAUCUUCUGAACCAAAUACACUCAAUCAUGAUCGCUCUCACUGGGGUUCUGGGAUUUGCAUAUUUAAUUUUUUAUUGGUUUUUGGAACUGAAGGUUUCCAGGGAAACGACAUCGUUGAUGCUACAUCGGUGCUUUAUUGACUCGGACACGCCCCUUCCUGCUGAUGUCACAGGAUUGAUGAUGACCAUCGUGACAAUAAAUGUCGCUUUUGUUUCAUGCAUAUGAAGAACAGUCAUAUUUCACUCCCAUUUUAGACAUUAUUUUCAUGAUAAUUAAAAUCAUGAAAAAAAAAUUUGUUAUAAUGUCCAAAACUCAACACAUGGUUUUCAUAAUUAUAUUCAUGCAACAAAAAAAAGUCCAAA